UUCGGUAUCUGAGGCGCAUUCCUUUGCUUGGACGCAACAUUACGCAAUACAAUGAGUGGAGACAAGCAUGUGAAAGUUAUCUUCAACGGUGAAGACAAGAGGCGAAUCAAGUUACCUCGCCCAGAUAUUGUUGAUGUCAAGGGAGUAAUAUGCAGCCGAUUUGGUGUCCAGUCUGACGUAUCGAUUGUUGCCAUUGUACCUGAAGGGGCUCGCCAGGAAGAGUACGUGAUCUCAUCUAGCGAUGACCUUCAGGAUCUAUGGGAGGAUUUCACAGAACUCCACAUCACUGACAAACGGACUGAUUCGGGUGAAAUAACGUUGACCGAAGGCUUGCCGGUGAUAUUCAACAACGACCGUGAAGACGUGAAACGUAUCACGUUCACUUGCAAUGACAUUGAGGACAUCAAGAAGGUCAUCUGCGAGCGGUUCUUUGCCGAGAAGGUUUCUUUGCUUGCCAUCAUCAAGGGAGACAACGACAAGUAUUCUAUUUCAACCAACGACGACGUCAAGGAAAUGUGGAAGAGCAUCGUUGAAUUGCAUGUCACUGGCAAAAAGAAAAGAAUGGACAUCGAUAUGACUGUGGCGAUCAAUAGGGAACGGCAUUCCAUUGAUGUAGUUCCUAACCCACGUGCUGCUGUCGUCCUAAAGGCGCGGCAAGAGUUGGGAAUCAUCGACGACUUGGUGCAGAUUGACAGGAACUUCGGGAGAAUGGGUGCCAUCGCUAACAUCUCCUACUUUGCUGCCGUUGCCACUGGGAAUCAGGAUUUGCAGUUGGAGACAAAAAAUCUUGGAUUCAGCGCCAUCGAAAUUUGCCAUGCCGCCGAAAAUACGGUUCAGAGUUAUGUCAUUACUUGUGGGACUGUGAAUGAGACGUUCCACACCGCUAUCAUUUACCUGUUGGAGAACGACUACGACAGAGCACUCAGAAUGAUUUCUUCUUUGGAAGGUGCGGCUCAAGAAUGUUCAGACAAGACAGAGACGCUGAUUGCCAAGAUCGAUAAAGUCUCUCAGAGCAAGAUCCUCUCCGAUGAAACGAGACGAAAGAUAAUGGAAGAAAGAGAAAAGGCCGAGGUGUUCGAGAAAGAACAGGAGAAGAAACGAUUAGAGUUAGAGCACGUUCAGUCAGAGAUCAGGGAAUUGACUAAACCAGGAGCAGUCAAGCCAUAUCUGCAUGUGUUAGUGUCAAACCUCUUUGGUGCUGCGAAUGUUGUUGUUGGAGCUGUGACAAGUUCUGGAGAUGGCAAUAAUCACAACCUUCCACUGGAGAUGGCAAUAAUCACAACCUUCCACUGGAGAUGGCAAUAA